AUGAUAAAAUUAGUACCAAUAACUGACUUGUAUCGUGGUGUUAUUAUUAUCGUAGAUAAAUAUAUGGAUGUAAAUGUUCUUAAAUGUUAUUUUUGUUAUCGAUUCUACAUUCUACUAUCGUCUUGCACUCUUCCAGUACGAAAUUCUUUACCAAGGAUAGAGAGCCAUUAUUUGCGAUCACAAACCACAAGAGAAUUUAUAGAUGGUGGGAAAUCUCUAGCUGAUAUUCAUAGAGAUUAUGUAAAUUUAUGCAAGGAAAAUAAUCUUUGUUUUGCAAAAAUUGAUAUUUACUCUAGAAUUUUUAAUAGAGAAUUUAAUAUUUCAUUUUUCAUACCUAAAAAAGACCAAUGUUCACAUUGUGAAGCUUAUAAAAAUGCUGAUGAAGUGCAAAAGGUCAUGUUGGAUGAAAAUUAUCAGUUACAUUUACACGAAAAAGAACUUAGUCGAACAGAGAAAGAAAAAGAUAAAAUAUUUGCAUCAAAUACUUCAAAUAAAACAACUGUUUUAUGUUAUGCCCUUCAAGCUGUAUUACCAACUCCAAGAGGAGAAGUAUCAGUCUUUUAUUAUAAAUCUAAAUUGUCAACAUUUAAUUUUACAAUUUCCAAUAUUGUAAAGUCAUCAACAUAUUGUUAUGUAUGGCAUGAAGGUGAGGCUCACCGUGGUGUAAAUGAAAUAGGCUCUUGUGUAUUAAGAUAUCUGUCAACAGAAUGUGAUGAUCAAAAUGUUAUAUUUUAUUCUGAUAAUUGUGCUGGCCAAAACAAAAAUAAAUUUAUGAUAAGCUUAUAUUUAUAA